AUGCCACUCACGGGAUUCGAUAUACCCGAAAAAUAUGAAUACCAAACUGGAUUUCUAGCUAACCUAGAGACGGAGGCGGUUAAAGGAGCAUUGCCAAUCGGUCAAAAUUCGCCUCAAAAAUGUCCUUAUGGAUUGUAUGCCGAGAAGAUAUCAGGCACUGCGUUUACGGCACCUCGCUGGGAGAACCAACAGACUUGGGUAUACCGCAUUAUACCGUCCGCCGUUCACAGCUCCUUUCAGCCGUUGGACUCAGGAGAUAGACUGGAAGCCAAAUUCAACCAUAUUCCAAAUCAGCUUCGGUGGGACCCUUUUGAUAUCAACGCCGAUGUUGACUGGGUUCAAGGCCUCCAUAUGGUGGCUGGAGCCGGUGACCCUUCAGUGAAGAACGGUGUUGCCUACUACAUAUACGGAGCCGCCAAAUCCAUGGCUGAGAAGUCCGCCAUGUACAACGCCGAUGGAGACAUGCUUGUUGUUCCACAAACUGGUGCACUUGAUAUCCAGACCGAGAUGGGUCACCUGCUUGUCCGGCCAAACGAGAUUUGCGUCCUCCCUCGGGGAAUUAGAUACCGAGUCCAGCUUGUCAAUGAUGAACCCAUCCGAGGCUACAUACUAGAAGUCUACAAUGGCCACUUUCACCUUCCUGAGCUUGGGCCAAUUGGAUCUAACUGCUUGGCCAAUGCUCGUGAUUUCCAGAUCCCCGUAGCCGCUUACACGCACGAUACUACUUCGGAGUGGAAGGUAUACAACAAGUUUUGUGCACAGUUAUUUUGCAGCUCGCAGAACCACACGCCAUUUGAUGUCGUAGCAUGGGAAGGCAGGUACUAUCCUUAUAAGUACGAUUUAGGACGCUUCAACACUAUCGGCACCAUUUCCUAUGACCAUCCGGACCCAUCACUGAACACCGUUCUCACCGUCAGUUCCAACGCCCAUCCUGGAACAGCCAUUGCGGACUUCGUCAUCUUUCCACCCCGCUGGCUUGUUGCCGAGGACACGUUCCGGCCUCCAUCUUAUCACCGAAACUGUAUGAGUGAGUUUAUGGGACUCAUCAAGGGUUCCUACAUCGCCAAGGACGGCGGCAAGGGUGGCUUCCAAGCAGCUGGAGCGAGCCUUCACAACUGCAUGAGCAGUCAUGGGCCAGAUGCGGAAGCGUUUGAGAAAGCCAGCAACGAAGAAUUGGUUCCAGUCAAAGUCGGCCUUGGAAGUAUGGCGUUUAUGUUUGAAAGCUGCUAUAUGGUUGGUGUUACUAAUUGGGGCUUAAAGGCCUGUCAAAAGAUCCAGUCAGAGUAUAGUAAGGAAAGCUGGGGCGGUCUCAAGGAUCUUUUCAGCCCUCCAAAGUCGCUCGAUUAA